AUGUUUUUUUUCUUUUCAUUCAUUAUAGUGAUCCCCAAUAUUCCAAUCGAUGCUCGAUGGAGACAGAAUGGAGUCACCAUUGUAGGAGGUCAUGACUAUGGCGAUGCUACCAAUCAACUCUCUUCACCUCGUGGUCUCUUCGUUAACGAUGAUCAAACAAUAGCCAUCGCUGACCACGACAAUCAUCGUAUCAUUCAAUGGAAGGUGGGUAAUACGAAUGGACAAGUUGUCGCUGGUGGAAAUGGCCGAGGAAAUCGAUUGAAUCAAUUAAUUUGGCCAUCCGACGUAUUGAUCGAUAAAGAAACGAAUAGUCUUAUUAUUUGUGAUAUGGGAAAUCGACGAGUUGUACAAUGGUCUCGUCGUAGUGGUACAACUCAAGGAGAAAUCCUCUUUGACAACAUCAGUUGCCGGGCAUUAGCUAUAGAUAAUCAGAGAUAUCUCUACAUCUCGGGUGACGAAAAACAUGAAGUUAGACGAUACAAAAUAGGAGACAAGAAUGGAAUUCUUGUUGCUGGUGGCAAUGGACAAGGUGCUGAUCUCAAUCAACUCAACACUCCGACCUAUAUUUUUGUCGAUCAACAACAGUCUGUCUAUGUGUCAGACUGGGAUAAUCAUCGUGUGAUGAAAUGGAAUAAAGGUGCAAAAGAAGGAAUUAUUAUCGCUGGAGGUCAAGGUGAAGGGUAUGCUCUGACACAAUUAUGGAAUCCUAAUGGAUUGUUCGUCGAUACAUUGGGUACCAUCUAUGUGGCAGACUCUAGAAAUAAUCGAGUAAUGCGUUGGUUUAAAGGAGCGAAACAAGGCACUGCCAUUGUAGGUGGAAAUGGUUGGGGAGAAGAAGCAAAUCGGUUCAAGUAUCCCUUUGGCUUGUCCUUCGAUAGAUAUGGCAAUCUCUAUGUCGUCGAUGAGUUCAAUCAUCGUGUUCAAUAUUUUUCUAUCGAGUAG